UAGCUUGUCCAUUUUCCCAAAUCCCCCCCGUUCAAGUCGCCAACUACCCCUCGCAGAGGGAUUCAACUUGCAACCAUGACCGCCCUAUUCAACUUCCAGUCGCUCCUCCUCGUCAUUCUCCUCCUCAUUUGCACAUGCGCAUACGCGCACCAGCUCAUGCCCGCCAUCAUGGACCGGAACAAGGACGGCGUCAUGGGUAUAUUUUGGAAGUUCGCGAGAGUAGGCGAACGGUUAAGUCCAUACAUCAGCUUAUGCUGUGUCGUCAUGGCGGUCUCCAUGCUCAUCAACUAAACACUCAACACCCCUUUGUAUGAUUGCGCGAGCGCGGAACCCCUCUCGACGGGGGUACGAAAAGACUUGUUAUAUGGUUUGGAGUUGGUCUGGGAAAUGAAUCAUUGCUUUGUUACAUGGGUGCCAGCGCCAGGCGCAAGAGAGAUAAUACGGCUGUGGUCAAUGAGACCUGCAUAACGAUAUCAGUAGUAUAUGGGUAUUGUCCGUACUUGUCGUCGGAUGACGGUGGAAGUAAUGCAACAAAUUCUGCCACCAUCGAUGGUAAACGAUAUUGGCGUUGCUCUGGAUGUCAUUGAUAUUUGUAGACCGUGGUAUGGAUGGUUUUCAAGCUUCCAGAAUCAGCGCUCCGUUUACAUGGAAACAUUGAAACAACGAUUAUGUGCCUUCUUGUCUGUGUACGAUGCCUUAAUUGCUCUCAGAGUGAUGUGCCGCGGUCCUAGUCAGCAAAGUGAUCUGAGG